AUGCCGCCUACUGUUCCCCAAUCGCAAAGAAAUGGCAGAUCUAGCAGUGGAAUGACAAGCAAAUCAUCGGAGGAGGAUGAGGCGAAGCCUUACGUGAUCGUCUCUGAAAUUGGGAAAGGGAGUUUCGCUACGGUGUUCAAGGGUUAUCAUGAGGACACACACCAGCAAGUGGCCGUCAAGGCCGUCAAGCGAGACAAAUUGUCAGCAAAGCUGUUUGAUAAUCUCCAGAGUGAAAUAGAGAUCCUUAAGUCACUUUCGCAUCGACAUAUCACUCGGUUGCUUGACAUCGUGCGCGGCGAGCGGAAUAUAUUCCUGAUCAUCGAGUACUGCGCAGGCGGAGACCUGACGAACUACAUCAAGAAGCGGGGACGUGUAGAAGGGUUAGAAUACGUUCCCUCACCGGGAGCCGCACCCCAGUAUUACGUUCACCCUCGGACAGGCGGUUUAGACGAGAUCGUAGUCAGAAGCUUCCUUCGGCAGCUAGCCCGGGCCCUCAAAUUCCUCCGACAGCGUAAUCUCAUUCACCGCGACAUCAAACCCCAGAAUCUACUCCUUAAUCCAGCCUCCCCCGAAGAACUAGCCCGUGGCCAUCCCAUCGGUGUGCCAAUCCUCAAGAUUGCGGACUUCGGGUUUGCACGGUCACUCCCCAACACGAUGAUGGCCGAGACACUGUGCGGCUCCCCGUUGUACAUGGCACCCGAGAUCCUACGGUACCAGAAGUAUAACGCCAAGGCCGACCUUUGGUCUGUUGGAGCCGUGCUCUACGAGAUGUCUGUCGGCAAGGCACCCUUUCGAGCCCAGAACCACAUCGAACUGCUGAAGAAGAUCGACCAGUCGAAGGGUAUCAAGUUUCCUGAUGAAGACCCCCGUAAUGAAGGAAACGAGGAUAUCGUAACGGUCCCGAUAGACGUGAAGCAGUUGAUUAGAGCAUUGUUGAAGAGGGAUCCUGUGGAACGGGCGACGUUCGAUGAUUUCUUCAAGAGUCUGGCGUUGGCCAAAUCGAAAUUUCCCCGGCCACGAGAAUCGGCCCAACUCGACGGGUCGAAUAAUUCAGCAGGGGCCUCGAUGGGAGGUUCCGCUACGCCCGAAGCACACCGUAUCAUCCCUCCAGAGGUUCUGGACCCCAAUACGAUAAUACCUCCAAGUAAGUUUCAUUUCAGGAAGCGCGAGAGUACGGAUGGGGCAGCAGCCGUUCCAGGAUUGUCGCGUAACAGCUCUUCGUCAUCUAGAGACAAGGUUCCCUCACCGACACAGACGAGGCGGCCGUCAACCAACGGGCAUCCUCCCCAACCUCCCCCUUCUGCUGAAAGGGCGCUUUCUACUGAAGGCUCCUUCAUUCCCGGCGAGACGGAGGAGGAUGGUAUGCUUCGCCGGGAGUACGUCCUUGUUGGAGAUACCCGAGCCGUUGAAUUCAACCGUGCUAUUGACGAAUUGAACACUGCACCCCGACGUCCCCUACAAGACCGCAAAAUUCCACCAUCACCACUCAUUGAAGAUUACCUUCCGCGGGGCUCACCCACCGACGCAUCACCCGCUCCCCCCAGCAAUGCCAUCUUUCCUCCACCACCGCAUCCCCAAGCGCCCUCCCUUUCUUCGUCGCCGUCAAGCCUUGCAUCUCGAGCAGCCACUAACGCCCUCAACCGAGCUAUUAGCCUCGCAUCAAAGAAGCUCUUUGGCACCUCUCGAGCUCCACCUCGUCCUCGUCCUAGCAGUACAUCUUCAUCGCCCCGGCGCCCCCAGCUUAUUUCGCUCGAUAAAGAUACGCAGAGGGACCCUAUGGAAGAUGAACUACUAGGCACUCUCGAAGAACUUGCUCAGAAGACAGACGUCUUGACACACUGGGCUGACGAAAUGUACGAGUACGUCAAAGCGAUACCGCAGAAACCCCUGCCCGAUCCAAGCAAGUUCGCGCCCUUGGAAGGAGAAGCCGAGAAGCACGCCAAACGACGCAAGAAUGCAGACCUCGAAGCGGAAUAUAACGCCGUGACGUGUGUCGCUGUCUACAUGCUUCUGAUGUCGUUCUCGCAGAAGGGCAUCAAUCUUCUCCGCAACCACCAAGAACACAUGCGCAUGCGGUGCCCCGAUGACGACUAUAUUGUCAGUGAAGGUUUCACAGAUGCGUUGAACUGGUUCAAGGAACACUUCAUAAAGUGCAACGAUCGUGCUGCGCUGGUGAAGACGUGGCUGCCUGCUCAGUACGAGGGCCCAAAGACUUGGUUAGAUCAGCUUGUUUAUGACCGAGCUCUCGUUUUAAGCCGUACCGCUGCACGAAAGGAGCUACUUGAUCAAGCGACUUCCCCGGAUGAAUGCGAAAAGCUAUACGAAGAAUCAUUAUGGUGCUUGUACGCCUUGCAAGACGACCUUCUGCAAACCGGCAACCCUUUCAUGGAGGAAGAUCGGGCUACAAUUGCUACAUGGAUCAAACGGACGAAACUGCGCCUUCUGCGGUGUCGCGCACGUAUGGAAAUGAACGAUCGAGACCGCGUCAAAGACGCUCGUGCUGACCAGAACCUUGUCGACGUAGCACGCAUCCCGGCCCCUUGGGACAAACCUUCAGAACCAACAGUCGCCCAAUAG